AUGAUACCAGAUAGUGAGUUAGAGGAGAGAUUCCAAAAGGCGCAGAAUGUUUUGCAUUACGUGAGUAGGCCAGUUGCCUUUUUGGGAAUGUGGCCAGUGAACGUAACCACUGGCAGCCGGAUAAGAAUGGUUCUAUAUUUCAUAUACCACAUUUAUCGCAUGGGAAUGGAAUUCAUCGAUCUCGUCAUGGUUUUCGGGGAUCUUGGACAAGUCAUUGAGAAUCUCAUGAUAACGGGCACCCAAGUAGCCCUCAUGAUGAGACUUUCAUUUCCAAGAUUCACUGUGAGUAUGCGUCGAGUGAUUGAUGGAUUGAGCGACUUGCACCAACGUACCAAGUUCAACGAUACCAGAGAAAUGGAGAUCUUUAUCAAAUACAGCGAAAUUUGCGAGAGAUGCUACAAGAUUGUAUUAUGGCCAGCAACCUUCACCUGUGUCUCGUGGUAUCUCACGCCGAUUCAAACCUAUUUCAUAAUGAAAAUACAGAAUGCAACCUUCGUAUAUGCAUCUCCUUGGCGAAUGCCUCCGUUCGAGGCUAUGGAGAAACCCGAGGUAGCCAUCUUUCUUCAUCUUAUCGAAAUACCGGUGACAUACUUGACUGCUUGUUAUUUGUUAACUUACUGCAUAUAUUUCACCCUCAUAAAUCACAUCCGGGGUCAACUAGUCAUCAUGAGUUACAAAGUCAAGAAUCUCAAAGUCGAUCGUGCAACUAAUGUAAAAGAAGUUUUCGGUCCCAUUGUCGAAAAGCAUAUCACAAUACUUCAUAUAGCAAAAUCGUUGGACGACUGUUCUCAUCUCUUUCUUCUAUAUGAACUCCUUAACACGACUCUCACUCUUGCAUUACUAUCGUACAACAUAAUGGCGAACAUUAGUUUGAGUGAAACUGCUCUAAUCAUCAACUUCUCAUUCUACAUGUUCAACAUGACCGUGUUGGUAUUUGCCAACUGCUACAUGAGUCAGUGUUUGGAGAAUGAGGCGAUGAACCUGUUUCAUGCCUUUUACGAACACGAUUGGAACAAUCUACCGCUGGCAUAUCAGAAGGCAUUCAUGAUAUGUAUGCUGCGCGCUCAAACACCCCUGAACAUUACAGCCGGAAAAUUCUACAAAUUCUCAUUGAGUGGCUUCACAAGUAUGCUCAAAUCAUCUAUGGCCUUCGUUUCAAUGUUGAGGACAACAGUUUAA